CUAGCGGCCUGUAAGGCACUAGCAAAGUCAAAGACCGCAAAAACCAGCUGCCUGGGCGCGCUUGUGGCCCAUUGACACGUGCAGGAGCUUCUCGACAGCGUCUUGUCCCGGCUUGAUUCGCUGCGGCCAUCGGUGAGCCGUCUCCCCGCCCGGGAAGAGCAUCUCCAACCGGAGAGCAUAUUUACAGCCUCCCACUGCACGCACGCUAGAUGGCCUCGCUCCUCAACUGGUUCGGCGCGAGCAAGCCCGCCGCGCCGGCGGCGCCGCCCGGCCGGUGCCUGAAGCGAGUAGCAAGAGAUGUGGCGACAAUCCGACGCGACCACGCGACGAACCUCUUCGCCGAACAAAGGGAGGCCGUGGCGACGACGGUGGACUGCGUCGUCUGUGGCCCGGAGGGCACGCCCUACUACGGCGGCCUCUUCCAUUUUCGCGUCGAGCACCCGCACAGCUACCCCGUCGAGAACCCGACGUGCACGAACCUGACGACGGGCCAGGGCCGCAUCGGCUUCAACCCGAAUUUAUACAGGACGGGCAAGGUCUGCAUGUCCAUCCUCGGCACGUGGGUCGGGCCGGGGUGGAACCCCUCGCAUUCUCUCUCGAGCGUGCUCCUGUCGAUCCAGUCGCUGAUGAACGACCAGCCCUACUGUGCGCAUCUCGGAGUCCCUUCACGCCAUCGCCGCGACGUCUGAUCGGUGGCGCGCCGUCGACCACGCCAUGCGCGCAGGCAACGAGCCCGGCCGCGAGGGCGUCGCGCGCGACGACCCCAACAAUAAGGCCUACGACGCCUUCCUCAAGUACGCGACGCUCAAGUUCGCGUGCGUCGACGUCCUGGACCCGGCCAAGGCGACGAGCGCCGAGCCGCUGCCGGCGGCGGCGAAGCGGUUCUGCGCCGAGCGCUUCCUCGAGCGCUACGACAAGAUCAUCGAGAUGGUCGACGCUGAAAUAAAAGCUGGUACGUCCGGCCGGCUCAAAGAUCCCUCGCGCGCGUCGGCGCUCGGCCUCGGGCCGGUGGACUACAAGGGCCUCCGCGUCGAUCUAGCGAAGCGGAAGACGGAGGCCGAGAAGCUGCUGGAGGCGGAGGACAACGACGACGACGAGGAGCCCGCGGUCGAGGCGAAGGAGGAGCCGUCGACGCCGCCGCGGGAAGCGCCGUGAAUGGCGAUGUGAGUGAUGUAAGAAACUUGAAAUA